UGGCGUCGCGAAGGAAGAUCAACCUUGCUUUGGCGUGAAAGAUACAACCCGAACCCCCCCCCCCCCCCCCCGGGUUGCUCCCGUCAAGAUCUUGUUUACGGGAGGAAACGAGAAAAGGAACCAAAAAUUCUAAAGAUUUGGGAAGCUUCACAAGAUUUGCCUGCCUGUUGUUGAGAUGAAAGAAAAGAUCUAUAUGAACACAUUUAAGCUGAUAUUCAAAGCUUUCUGUUAAAAUUGCGGGAUUUUAUUCUCCCUCUUCCACUCCCCCUUCCAGGUAGAUAGAUUUUAAAGCCAUGGUGAAAGAAACCGAGUAUUAUGAUAUUUUGGGUGUGAAUGUUGAUGCAUCUGCUGCUGAGAUAAAGAAGGCCUACUACAUCAAGGCAAGGGUGGUACACCCGGAUAAAAAUCCUGGAGAUCCAAAAGCAGCUCAUAACUUUCAGGUACUAGGAGAGGCUUAUCAAGUCCUGAGUGAUCCUGCGAAACGUGAGGCAUAUGAUAGGCAUGGAAAGGAAGGUCUUCCCCAGGAUUCCAUGGUAGAUCCUUCUGCUGUUUUUGGAAUGCUCUUUGGAAGUGAAUUCUUUGAAGAUUAUGUUGGUCAGCUUGCUUUGGCAACUAUAGCUUCAGUAGAAAUUGAAGAAGAAUCCCAAGCCCCAGAAGUUCGGAGGCAAAAAUUUCAGGAGAAAAUUAAGGCAUUACAGAAGGAAAGGGAACAAAAAUUAAUUCAGAAUCUAAAAGAUCGCCUUCAUCCUUAUGUGCAAGGGCAGAAGGAUGAAUUUGUAAGAUGGGCAAAUUCAGAAGCUCGUCGUCUGUCUCAGGCUGCUUUUGGAGAGGCUAUGCUCCACACCAUUGGCUAUAUUUAUGCAAGACAGGCUUCAAGAGAGCUUGGAAAGAACAUUUUAUUUAUGGGUGUGCCGUUUAUAGCUGAGUGGGUACGAGAUAAGGGUCACCAUAUAAAAUCACAAGUUAAUGCAGCUGCAGGUGCCAUCUCUUUAAUACAACUACAGGAGGGGAUGAAAAAGAUGGAUGAGAGUGAAAAUAAGCAAGAGGACUUUCUGAAGAGCAUCGAAGAGAAGAAAGAUGUGAUGCUUAGUUCUUUAUGGAAAAUAAAUGUGGUUGAUAUCGAGUCAACCCUUUCGCAUGUCUGUCAAGCGGUUCUUAAAGAUAAUAGUGUUUCCAAGGAUGUGCUGAAAUUACGAGCCAAAGCAUUGAAGAAGUUGGGAACAGUCUUCCAAGGUGCUAAAUCCCUUUAUCGAAGAGAAAACAGCCUGCGUGUCGAGAAUGAUCCCAAGAAGGUUGCGACGUCAUCUAAAGCAACCCCAUGAGAAUCGUAUGUAUGUAUCGUGAAGACAUGAUUGGUGAGGGCUUCCUUUUCUGCUGGAAGAUGGAAUCUCUCGAGUGCCUUGCUUGGACUGUUCAUGUGAAUUGAAGUACUGUUAUGCUGUGGUUUGUAACUAUCUUCAUCCUGUAGCACUGCACUUCUUUCUGGAAGCAAAGCAAUGCCAAUGCUUGUCGCUGUAUCACUUAAGAAAUAUGAAUGCCUCUGUAUGAAUCCAAGGCAACAUUGUGGAGUAUUGGUGAGUUUGUUUUUCCUCAAAUGGAGAACUGGCUUUAGCUACUUUUACUGAAAUUUAAACCAUGAGUUGCAUGUUGGGAAU